CGAGCUGCGGGAUUCCCUCUGAAUGACUGAGAACUCCGCAGUUGCUGCUGCCACCGGCGGAGAAGGACCCGGGAACUGCUCCUGUGGAACUGUGCGGGCUGGCAGGGGCCGGGGCGCCGGGCACCGGGAGUCACGGAGCAAGGGCGCGGAAGUCUGGCGUCUCAUGGGUGUUCUUAAAAGAUUGCCAUUUAAUGUCAUUGAAGAUCUAUAGAACAUCAUUUUUGCAUGACUACUGCAAAAGCACUACUUUACAGAAGCCAGUUCCUUUUUCAAGAGGACAAUUUGGAACCUGCUUCAGAAAGCAGAGUCCAGAAUCAGUAAGACCAAAGCUUCCCCAAAGUGAACUGCAGCCAUUCUCAGCAACAACAAGGUCCAAAGCUCCUCUGAUGAUGAGAACAGCCAAGUUCAUUUCUGGAAAGAAGCUCGACUAGCUCCUCCAGGAGAAGCCACAGCAAAAGGAGAACCAACAACACUAAACAAUAAACUCUUCCUCUCCAGUUCUCCUUUUUAUCUUGGCAACAAUCCUCAGGGUAAUCUUUAUGAAGAAAAUUCAGUGCUGAUAAAUACACUGGGAUAAAGAAAAUUUCUGUGACCAAGGAUGGCUUCUUCCUGGAAACUCAUUCUGUUUAUGUCAGUCAUCGGGUAUCUUUCAGAGCAUUCCAAAGCUCUUCCUGGUCUCCCAACUUCAUAUGCUACUUUGCUAAGAAUAAAGAAAAGUUCAUCUUCAUCUCUCUAUGGUUCAAAGAUGCGACCACGGUACAGCACUCCCCCUUUAGGAACACUGAGUGUUUCUUCACCAAGUUGGCGUGGGGCCGCUCAGCACUACUAUUCUCCCAUCAAUCUUUACCACUCCUCAGAUGCCUUCAAACAAGAUGAAAGUGUGGACUAUGGGCCAGUGUUUGUACAGGAACCAGAUGGUAUCAUUUUCCCGACUGAUUCUGAUGAAAACAAGGUAGCACUGAAUUGUGAAGUUCGUGCCAACCCAGUUCCCAGUUACAGAUGGCUUCGGAAUGGAACACAGAUUGAUUUGGAAAGUGAUUAUCGCUACAGUUUGAUAGAUGGCACCUUCAUUAUAAAUAACCCAAGUGAAGCAAAAGAUUCUGGUCAAUAUCAGUGUUUGGCCACCAACAGUUUUGGGAGUAUUCUUAGUAGAGAAGCCACACUUCAGUUUGCCUAUCUGGGAAAUUUUAGCGGCCGGACAAGAAGUGCAGUCUCCGUGAGGGAAGGCCAGGGGGUUGUUCUGAUGUGCUCUCCUCCGCCUCAUUCACCAGAGAUCAUCUACAGCUGGGUAUUUAAUGAAUUCCCUUCCUUUGUGGUGGAAGACAGCCGGCGGUUCAUUUCCCAGGAGACAGGCAACCUUUAUAUCUCUAAAGUGCAAACUUCAGAUGUUGGAAGCUACAUUUGUCUGGUGAAAAACACAGUAACGAAUGCUCGGGUCCUUAGUCCUCCAACACCACUCACUCUGCGGAAUGAUGGUGUGAUGGGAGAAUAUGAGCCUAAAAUUGAGGUCCAUUUUCCUUUCACGGUUACAGCUGCUAAGGGAACAACUGUUAAGAUGGAGUGCUUUGCACUGGGCAAUCCUGUUCCAACAAUCACAUGGAUGAAGGUUAAUGGCUAUAUUCCUAGUAAGUCACGACUACGGAAAUCUCAGGCAGUGUUGGAAAUUCCAAAUGUGCAGCUGGAAGAUGCAGGCAUAUACGAAUGCAGAGCUGAAAACUCACGUGGAAAAAACUCAUUUCGUGGACAACUACAAAUAUACACUUACCCACACUGGGUAGAAAAGCUGAAUGAUACCCAGUUAGACAGUGGGAGUCCUCUCCGAUGGGAAUGCAAGGCCACUGGGAAGCCCAGGCCCACAUAUCGCUGGCUCAAGAAUGGAGUGCCUCUACUACCUCAGACAAGGAUUCACACAGUUAAUGGAGUAUUGAUGAUUCACAGUGUAAACCAAUCAGAUUCUGGGAUGUAUCAGUGUUUGGCUGAAAAUAAAUAUGGAGCUAUUUAUGCUAGUGCUGAGCUGAAAAUUCUAGCUUCAGCUCCUACUUUUGCACCGAAUCAAUUGAAGAAAACAGUAAUUGUUACCAAAGACCAAGAAGUUAUCAUAGAGUGCAAACCUCAAGGCUCUCCAAAACCAAACAUUUCUUGGAAGAAGGGAGAUAAAGCAGUUAGAGAGAGCAAAAAAAUAGCUAUUCUUCCAGACGGGAGUCUACGGAUCCUAAACGCCUCUAAAUCAGAUGAGGGAAAGUAUGUUUGCAGAGGGGAAAACAUCUUUGGUUCUGCUGAAAUUGUAGCUUCAGUGUCUGUAAAAGAACCUACAAAGAUAGAACUUACUCCAAAAAGAACAGAGUUAACAGUGGGAGAAAGCAUUGUCCUUAAUUGCAAAGCAAUUCACGAUGCCACUUUGGAUGUCAAUUUCUACUGGACACUGAAAGGACAGCCUAUUGAUUUUGAGAAAGACGGUGGACAUUUUGAAAGCAUCAGGGCCCAAGCAUCCUCUGCAGAUUUAAUGAUCAGGAACAUCCUUCUGAUGCAUGCUGGGAGAUAUGGCUGCAGGGUACAGACCACAGCAGACAGUGUGUCAGAUGAGGCAGAACUUCUUGUUAGGGGUCCCCCAGGCCCACCAGGGAUAGUAAUUGUUGAGGAAAUCACCGAAAGCACAGCCACACUGUCCUGGAGUCCGGCAGCUGACAAUCACAGUCCAAUCUCCUCCUAUAACCUGCAGGCUCGCAGCCCUUUCUCCCUGGGCUGGCAAACCGUGAAGACAGUCCCAGAAACCAUAACAGGAGACAUGGAAUCAGCAAUGGCAGUGGACUUAAAUCCGUGGGUGGAGUAUGAAUUUCGAGUGGUGGCCACCAAUCCAAUUGGGACUGGAGAUCCAAGCACCCCAUCGCGAAUGAUCCGCACCAAUGAGGCAGUUCCAAAGACAGCACCCACCAAUGUCAGUGGCAGAAGUGGAAGAAGACACGAGUUGGUCAUUGCCUGGGAGCCAGUAUCUGAAGAGUUUCAGAAUGGGGAAGGCUUUGGCUAUAUUGUGGCUUUCAGACCAAAUGGAACACGAGGCUGGAAAGAAAAAAUGGUGACAUCCUCUGAAGCUUCCAAAUUCAUCUAUCGAGAUGAAAGUGUCCCUCCACUGACUCCCUUUGAAGUGAAGGUUGGCGUUUAUAACAAUAAAGGGGAUGGACCUUUCAGUCAAAUUGUGGUCAUCUGUUCAGCUGAAGGAGAGCCCAGUACUGCUCCCACUGAUGUAAAGGCUACAAGUAUGUCUGUGUCAGAGAUUCUUGUUGCAUGGAAACAUAUUAAAGAGAGUCUAGGAAGACCACAGGGAUUUGAGGUUGGUUACUGGAAAGACAUGGAACAAGAAGAUGCAGCAGAAACAGUCAAAACCAGGGGAAACGAGUCAUUCGUCAUCCUGACAGGAUUAGAAGGAAAUACGCUGUAUCACUUCACAGUGAGGGCUUACAACGGAGCCGGAUAUGGGCCACCUAGCAGUGAAGUGAGUGCAACCACCAAGAAAUCCCCGCCUAGUCAAGCACCUAGCAACCUCAGGUGGGAGCAGCAAGGGCCUCAGGUUGCUCUAGGCUGGGAGCCGGUCAGACCUUUAGCCAACGAAUCCGAAGUCCUGGGCUACAAGGUUUUUUAUAGGCAAGAGGGUCACAGCAACAGCCAAGUUAUUGAAACACAGAAACCUCAAGCAGUAGUACCACUCCCUGAUGCUGGAGUCUAUAUUAUUGAAAUCCGAGCAUACAGUGAAGGAGGGGAUGGAACAGCUAGUUCCCAAAUCAGGGUACCAUCAUAUUCAGGUGGGAAGAUCACAAGCGCUCAGUCAACCCUGCACACUCUCUCCACGUCAUCAUCUCUGACGUUGCUCUUGGCAUUGAUGAUUCCUUCAACCUCCUGGUGAAACUGCUGACUUAAUUUGCUUUUAUUUGCUUUAGCUUAAAAUCAGCAGUGAAUAGAAUGUAGCAUAAGUGGAAGCCAGGAUCCUGAGAUGAGCUGGAAAAGCCCAGGAAGACACACGGUGCACUUACAGGAGUUUGGGGAUAGGGGAAGUAUUACUUAUCCAUCAGGUUUCUCUUUGAUUUUUGUAAAUGGAGAGGACAGUUUUUGGUCCAAUAAAAAUAUGCAGAUUGUAUGUAAUGAAUUUUUGUAAGCAAAAGUAAUUUCUGUCAAAUGUAUUCUUAAUUUUAUAUAGGUUGAAUUUGAUUUUAUAUCUGAUUACUGAGUGUAUGCCAUCCAUUUAUUACGAAUGUGGUCUCUAGCAGAUCUAUUUUAAAAGCAUAGUAAGAAUGGAAACUUUCCUUAAGACUCUGAAUACAGUGCUUUUCAUUUUCCCUUCAACUGACUAUUACAAUUGCCAGACCUGCAGGAGAUACAAAAAAUACUUGGAUGAUGAGAUCCAUUAUAGGAUAAAUACAGAAAAAAUUCCCAAAACUACUAUAUAAUUGCAUAGGAAAAAAUCAAGAUUUGUCAAUACAUUAUCCUAUAUUCACCCCUAGAGUAAGUUAUUAGGGUAGAGAAUAAGUCAUUUUUGCUACAGAAACAGUGAACCCAAAUGAAUUCACUGUUUUUCAUUAAGCACUAUGUUAUAUAGCGGAAAAUAUGGUAAAAGUUUAUUUUUAAUAACAAAAAAUAGCUUCAAGUCACAAGAAUAUAUGAUCACUAAAAACUGCAGACAAUGACAUGCUGCCACAAGUACUAAUUUAAAAACGCAAUGAGUAUGGAACAAAUAUUUCCCAUUUCUCUACCUACUCACCUGAUAUCAAAGAGAUGUUGAAUCAAGUCCAAUGCUGUCUUCAUUGAAAAUUUUAAGCACAGUAUAAUUGUGUUGUACAACUAACUAUAUACACAUACGGUCUGUGGAUAAAAAUGAUUCAAAGAAAGCAACUAAGUUCUGAUUUUACAGUUUCAUAUAUCAUACACCACUUAUAAAUUCUUAUCAACUACUAAACUAAAGAGGAUUUAUUGGGUAAGUUGAUUUUAAAAUUAAUCUUUGGAAGUAUGACUUUAAUAUAAGGACUUAGCUACUGUGAUCCAUCGUAUGCUGCUUAAUUCUGUGGCUUAGGAAGUGAUCCUUAGUUGUUAUUUGAGGCAUCAACUUGAACCUAAGUGAUUCUAAGUAGUUACUGGAAAGCUAAAAAACUUUUUUCUAUUUAAUGAUGUCACACAGAAGUUCUAGAAAACAUAAGGAUGUGCCAUAUUCAGCAACUUUAUUUGCCAGAAAAGAUCCAAGGACACUAGUUUCAUGGGUGAAGUUCACAUGGUCACAAAGAGCAGUUUCUCACCUUUUUAUUUGCCUUUAUAUAAUCCAAGCCUGUUAACUCUAUUUGCAUCCCAAAUGACAAACAAACUGAAACAAAAUUGAGUUCAAUUACUGGCUCUAGAGCUUAAUCUUGGUAGAAUCAGAGGACAAAUUAAAAAUUCAAAAAAUUUUAUUCUGAACAUCCAACAGUUUAGCUUCAGAGCUACAGUAUAACUACUUGAGGACAAUUACUCAUUUGGUCUGGAGAAAAUUAUCACCAAGGCAACCCAAAACAAACAACAAGUGAUUUACAAGAUUAAGUGAGUCAACAGAUUAUUAUAAUCAAUACUACAGAUGAACAUGCAAGUCAUGAAUAAUAACAACCAAGUGGCCUUUCUAGAAUGUCUCCUUUGUUGUAGAAGACACUGGGAUUUGCAAUUAUGGGAUGCUAUUUAGUGAUCAAAACAUGAGCCAUCCCAAGUAUGGUGUAGUAACUUGCAAGAACAAAUUGUGCAGCUAAAAAGCACAGAAGGGUAUUUAAUAUUGGAAGUAACUUUUUCUAUUUAAUGAAUUAAGCCAUUUCUUCAUUUCCCAUGAUACCCUAAACUAAAUUUAAUGGAGUAUUUUAAGAAUCAAGUUAUUUCUAAUACUCAUAAAAGAAGUCCAGUUAAAUGUAGUAAUGUCAAUAUAUGGCAAAUUCAAAUUAAACAGUAAUUCCAAAUAACUGAUGGAUGGUAAACAUCUGACAGAAUAUUUACAUAUACGAUGUCUGGUGUUUUAUUCCGAACAGAAAUCAGAUGUAUGGGAUGUUUUUACUCAACAUGCAUAAAAUAUGUAUUUUGCAUCAUAAAUCUAUUUAAAAAAACAGGUUACAAUAUUUAUGUAUUACACAUUUGUUUCUUUGUAGAAGUAAAUAGCAUUCCUUAUCCUGGUAUAUUAUUUUUCAACUACAGUACUAACUGAACUUUUUCUUGGUUGGGAUAGUAACUGAACAGUCUUAAAUCACUUAAGAGACUGUAUUUUUUUACAAUAUCAAUUGAACUAUGAAUAAAAUAACACUGCUGAUAAUUAAAAUUUCUUGAAAACAAAUGUUUUGCAUAUCCAGCUGAAGGUACUGUGGAUUCCAUGUCAAACUGUUAAAUAUAUUGUAUACAAUCUGUAUAUAUAUAUACUAUAUAAAGGUACAUAACGUGGGAGGCACAGUCAGAUAAUAGUUCUGUGUACUGUUCUUGUAACAUUAGAUCUUUUUAAUAAAUAAUUGUUUUUAUUGACUUUUA